GUGGGUGCGUAAAUUUUGCGCGCUUUCCUAAUCAGUGAAUAACAAGAGAGAAAACUGACUUUUUUAAAUGAAAAAUGAUACGUAAAGGGCAAAAACUUAUCCAGGCAAAUCAAGAUAACAACGAUAAAAGUGAUGCUCGGGAUAAGCGUCUUCGAAGAGCGCAGCAAAACGAUGAACUCGAUGAAAAAUUUGGCUAUCCAAAACACGUUGAAUCGUUCGAAAGAAUUGGCUGGCUAAUUAACAUUCAUCCUUCUGAUAUAAUUAAUGAGGAUAAAAAAUUGGUAUCUGCUGUUGACUAUUAUUUUCUAGAAGAAGAUGGAAAGCGUUUUAAAGUUUCUCUACCUUGUAGGCCAUAUUUUUAUUUAGGUUGUAAGCCUGAAACAGAGAGAGAAGUUUUAGCAUUUUUAGCAAAAAAAUAUGUUGGAAAAAUAGCUACUUUAGAUUUAAUUGAAAAAGAAGAUCUAGAUUUAAAGAAUCACUUAAGUGGUAUUAAAAGAUUAUAUAUAAAACUAAGCUUUGAUUCGGUUGAAGAACUUAUGAGAGUUCGUAGAGACGUACUUGCAGCCGUUCGUAAGAACAAAGAAAAGGAAAAAGCAAAUGAAAUAUAUAGCUGUCUAAAUAACCAAGACCAAGAUAAUGUUCAGAAAGUUGCAGAUCAAUAUGAGAACAUGAUAGAUAUAAGAGAAUACGAUGUGCCGUAUCACAUAAGAGUUUCUAUUGAUAAUAAAAUAACAGUUGGUUUGUGGUAUUCAGUAAGAGGUCACGGACUAUCACCUCCUGACAUUGUACCCAAAUCUGACCUCGUAGAUCGACCUGAUCCGGUCGUUCUAGCUUUUGAUUUGGAAACAACGAAAUUACCAUUAAAGUUUCCUGAUGCAUCAACAGAUCAGAUAAUGAUGAUUUCUUAUAUGAUUGACACCCAAGGAUAUUUGAUUUGUAAUCGAGAAAUUGUAUCAAAGGAUGUCGAAGAUUUUGAAUUUACUCCAAAACCGGAGUUUGAAGGAAAUUUUAUUGUUUUUAAUGAAGCUAACGAACGGGAAGCGAUAGAACGUUUCUUUAAUCACAUUAUUGAUGUAAAACCAAAUAUAUUUGUCACUUACAACGGGGAUAUGUUUGACUGGCCAUUUUUAGAAACACGGGCUGCUUUCCACGAAAUGGACAUGUACCGCGAAUUAGGUUUUCAGAAGGAUGCUCAAGGGGAAUAUAAAUCUAGACCGUGCAUACAUAUGGAUGCACUGAGAUGGGUUAAACGUGACUCUUAUCUCCCUGUUGGUAGUCAAGGUUUGAAAGCUGUGGCAAAGGCCAAACUUCGAUAUGAUCCAGUUGAAUUGGAUCCUGAAGAAAUGUGUAGGAUGGCAACGGAGCAACCUCAUGUUCUUGCAAAUUACUCAGUUUCAGAUGCUGUGGCAACAUAUUACUUAUAUAUGAAAUACGUUCAUCCAUUCAUUUUUGCUGUUUGUACAAUUGUCCCAAUGGAACCUGAUGAAGUUUUGAGAAAAGGAACUGGAACGCUUUGUGAGACUUUAUUAAUGGUACAGGCAUAUCAUGCGAAUAUUAUCUACCCAAACAAACACGAACAAGAGCUUAACAAGAUGACUAAUGAUGGACAUAUUCUCAAUUCAGAAACUUACGUCGGAGGUCACGUAGAAGCCAUAGAAUCUGGAGUCUUUCGUGCAGAUCUACCUUGUAGAUUUCGUAUGGUUCCCGAUGCAUUUAGGAAAUUAAUCGAAGCCGUUCCCAGAACAUUAAGACAUGCAAUUGAGGAAGAAGAGAAAAUACCGCUCGAUACGGUUACAAACUUUGAUGAAGUGUGCAAGGAUAUUGAAGAGAAGUUACAAAAUUUAAGAGACACGCCUAAUCGAUUGGAGAAGCCGCUAAUUUACCAUUUAGAUGUGGGGGCUAUGUACCCAAAUAUUAUUUUAACGAAUCGUCUACAACCAUCAGCUAUGGUUGAUGAAGCCACAUGUGCGUCUUGCGAUUUCAAUAAACCAGGUGAAACUUGCCAAAGGCAAUUAACUUGGACUUGGAGAGGGGAAUAUAUGCCUGCAACAAAGAAUGAGUAUCACAGAAUUCAGCAGCAAUUGGAAAACGAAAAAUUUCCACCAGCUAUUCCUGGAGGCCCUCCCCGUCCUUUUCAUGAAUUAAAUAAAGAAGAACAAGCCGCAGAAGAGAAAAAGAGAUUAUCAGAAUACUGCAGGAAGGCAUAUAAAAGAGUAAAUGUAACUAAGGAAACAGAGAAAACAACAACGAUAUGCCAAAGAGAGAAUUCUUUCUACGUUGAUACAGUUCGGGCUUUUAGAGAUAGAAGAUAUCAAUUUAAAGGGCUUGUUAAAACUUGGAAAAGAAAGUUAGCUGAGGCCGAAAAGCAGGGCAAUCCGGAUGAAAUUAAAAGGGCGAACGGAAUGAUAGUUUUGUAUGACUCUUUACAGUUAGCUCAUAAGUGUAUUCUAAACAGUUUCUAUGGAUAUGUAAUGAGAAAAGGAGCAAGAUGGUUCAGUAUGGAAAUGGCUGGUGUUGUUUGCUACACAGGAGCCUCUAUUAUUACUCAGGCGAGAGAAAUUGUCGAACAAAUAGGUAGACCAUUGGAAUUAGACACUGAUGGUAUUUGGUGUUGUUUGCCGGCGUCCUUUCCAGAAAAUUAUGAAAUCAGGACAACAAACGAAAAAAAGUCAAAAGUAGCUAUCUCUUAUCCAGGUGCUAUGUUAAAUGUUAUGGUCAAGGACAGCUUUACAAAUGACCAAUAUCAUAAAUUAAUUGAUGCGGAGAACAGAACUUACACUGUUCAACAGGAAAACUCAAUAUUUUUCGAGGUCGACGGACCUUAUUUGUCAAUGAUCCUACCGGCUAGUAAAGAGGAAGGAAAGAAAUUAAAGAAAAGAUAUGCAGUUUUUAAUUUUGAUGGUUCUCUGGCUGAACUUAAGGGUUUUGAGGUAAAAAGAAGAGGGGAAUUACAGUUGAUCAAGAUCUUUCAAUCAUCAGUAUUCGAAGCAUUUUUGAAGGGAAGUACGCUCCAAGAAUGUUAUGAAUCGGUUUCAACUGUCGCUGAUUAUUGGUUAGACGUAUUGUUCUCCAAAGCUGCAAAUAUGCCAGAUUCAGAAUUAUUUGACCUUAUAUCUGAAAAUCGUAGUAUGUCUAGGAAAUUGGAAGAUUACGGCUCUCAGAAGAGUACAUCUAUUAGUACGGCUAAGAGACUAGCAGAGUUCCUAGGAGAUCAAAUGGUUAAAGACGCGGGCUUAGCAUGUAAAUUUGUUAUUUCUAAGAAACCUGAGGGAGCUCCAGUAACAGAAAGAGCUAUUCCCUUAGCUAUUUUCCAAUCUGAACCAUCUGUGAAGAAACAUUAUUUGAAAAAAUGGCUAAAGAGUCCAUCCUUAACAGAUUUUGAUAUAAGAAAUAUUCUUGAUUGGGAAUAUUAUAUCGAAAGAUUUGGUAGUUGCGUUCAAAAAAUUAUAACUAUCCCCGCUGCUCUGCAAGGAUUAAAUAACCCUGUUUCAAGGGUACCUCAUCCAGAUUGGUUGCAUAAGAAGCUUUUGGAGAAGAAUGACGUGUUUAAACAAAAAAGAAUUAAUGAACUGUUCGAAGUGGCGCCAAAAAGUCGAGUCUUACAGGAUAUUGAAGAUUUACAACAGAGAUCUGUUAACAUUCAGAAGAGAAGACGAUCUUCUGAAAAGGAAGAUCUAUCAAUGAAUUGGAAACAAGCUUUAGGACUACCUCCAGCAUGGGGCCCAACAAAAGAAGAAAGAGUCAAGUGGGUAGAAUUCCAAAAGAAAAAAUGGUCUUAUCAAUUACGCCAAAAGCAAUAUAAGGCGAAAAGAAGUCGAAAAGAUGCUGACUACGUCCCUCAACCUAUCAAACCUACAAAUGCUAAUAUUGGGAGUUUUCUUCGAUGGCAGCAAAACACACUUCUCUACCAACCGUGGCAAAUCAUACAAAUUGCUGAAACUGCUCAACCAGGGGCGUUUUGCUAUGAUACUAAUUUAAUUUAUAAUAAAUAUUCUUAUUUUAGACUCUUUAAAUUAUGGAUGCUGAUCAAUAACGAUUUACAUUCGAUAAAGCUCAACGUUCCAAGGAUCUUUUAUGUAAAUCAAAGGCACGCAAAGGAAGCUCAGGAAGGAGCAAUGUGGAGGAAGACGCACCUUAUAUUACCGAGAUCUCAGCCUGUUUAUCACUUGUACGAAUAUACAGUUCCGGAAGACGUUUAUCAAAAACAUAUUGACGAAAUAACCGAGGAUUUAGCUAAUCCAGAUGUCGAAGGGGUGUACGAAACCCAAGUUCCUCUACUUUUUAGGACAUAUUUGAAAUUAGGAUGCGUUUGUAGAGUAACAAGAAAAGCUGCUGGCAUACUGAACGCUAAGGAAACGCCUGAUACAUUUGAACUUAAUCAAUUCGAAUCUGGAACAUUGGCUCAGUUUACAUAUUUAGAAGAUAAUAUCCGUUAUAUUUAUUUCUAUCAGCAUAAUUGUGGAUCAAAGAAUUUUUAUGGACUUUUUUAUCCAAUAACGAAAAAAGCUUUUAUUUACGUUACAGAUACUGUAAGAACUAAUCAAAUGCCAAAUUUAAAUACUAUGUACUCGAAUGAAAGACAAUGUAAAUUAGACAAAAUUGAUGAUAAUAUGCUACCUCCUGAUGGUUUUUCCUUUGAAAUCAGAGUUGAAAAAGAGGAAAAAAUAGUAUACAGAGCUCUUCAGCGUCAUCUUUCUGCAUAUAGAGAUGAAAAGAGAGGUGCAACUUAUGUGGCUGUUCAAACUAGACUAAAUCUAAACGAACUAAAAACUUAUAUGCCGGAAUUUGAUAAAUUUCCUUUAGUUCCCGUUCAUAUAGCUGAUGGUGACAAUUUAUACUCUCUUCUUGAUUGGCAAAGGGUUGGAUCCCGACGAAUGUUACAACAUUUUCUCAACGUUCAACCAAUAUUAUAUGGAAUGCUGGAGCAGGCUAGAUAUCUUCAUGUACCAGUGGGCAAUCUUCCUAAAGAUGUUAUACUGUUUGGCUGUGAUAUCUUCUUCGCACGGUAUCUACAUAAACAUGGACAUGUUUUAUGGUGUUCACCAACCGACAAACCCGAUUUAGGAGGGAAAGAGGUUGACCAAAAUCUGCUGUUUUCUUCGAAUGAUGAUUCUAGUGUAUUUGAAAUCAAUAAUGCAAAUGCUUAUUCAACAAUUUGUGUUGAUCUUGAUAUGUCCUCAAUGGCAAUUAACACUGUUGUUGAAUCAUCAAGAGUCCAUGAUUUCGAAGGUGCAAGUGCUGUCAGCUUCGACAUUCUACCUCAAACAUCCAUAGAUGAUAUUAUAAGUGGUGGAAGUGUAUUAUCGUCUUAUGAUGAAACUGCUCUGGUAUCAGCAGCUUUUCGUGUCUUAAAAUCAAUGGUCCAUGGUUGGAUAAGAGAUGUUACAGCUUAUAAAAAUAUCCUUGCUGAUUCCCAAAUAGUUCACUUCUACAGAUGGAUACGAAGUUCCUCCGGUCUGCUUUAUGAACCAGCUCUGAAGAGAACCUUACAUUCAUUAAUGAAAAAAGUACUAAUGCAAUUAGUGAAUGAACUAAAGAAACUUGGUUGCCAGGUCAUUUAUGCUUCCCUGAAUAGAUUAAUUCUUUGUUCAAAAAAGAACAAGUUAGAAGAUGCCUUAUCACACAUUGAUUAUGUAUCAAAUACCAUUCGUUCGAGACCCCUUUAUCACUUAUUAGAUUUCACUUACAAACAGUCGUGGUUUUAUUUGCUAUGGAUGAACUCAGCUAAUUAUGGAGGGGUAAGAGCACCUGUAGAUGAAGACGAAGAUGUUGGCGUUGAUAUUAAUUUUCAAAUUGCCAAUAAUUUACAUGAGCAAACAGCUUGCCGUGGGAAUUUUAAUGCAUUAAUAGCAGGCUACAUGAUGACUAUUCAUGAGAAAAUGCGAGAAGAAAACUUAGCGGGAGAUGAACUUUCUGAGUUUUGUCGAAAGAUUAUUAAGGACGUUUCUAAUAAGAAAAAUUUGUAUAGUGAACUUCUCUUAAUAACACAAAAGUUAAAUAAGAAAUUCGAUCAGAAGAUUGCAUUGGACUUUGUAAACGUCUUCUGCCAUGUACUCCAGCUCGAUUCAAAUAUAACGGAGACGAUUGAAGAUGUAAAAUCGGAUUUACUACGCCUUAUAAGCGUAGACGAGUUCAGCUCAAAAGCUCAGUUUAUAGCAAAUCAAGUUUCGUAUAUUCUUCCGGAAAUGCUAUGUCCAAGUUGUUCACAUGUUCGCGACGUGGACCUUUGUCAGGACGAGUGGAUAUGCAUUGUAUGCUCAACUGGGUACGACGUAGGUCAAAUAGAAUUACAGCUUAUAACUGCCUUACAAAAUUCGAAUCAAGCGGCAGCGUUACGUGAUUUAGCUUGCGAUAAAUGUAAAGGUGUAAAAGCGGAUAACAUGAUGACAUUCUGCAAAUGCGGAGGUACAUUUAGCGUAGCUGAAUCAAAUUUGCAUGAACUUUUAAUCGCAUUUGAUAUAAUAACUGAAAAGAAGGAACUAAAAUUUUUAAAGGAUUGUGUUAAAUGGACAAGAAAAUUUACGAUCUAA